GAGAUAUAAUAGUAAAGCACAUACAGAGGGAGAGAGAAAAGGAGAGAACGGUUGAUUUGUAAAUACUAGGGCCCUCUCUCUCUCAUUCUUUCUCCAGCAAUAGUUUUUCUCUCCCCCUUCCCCAUUUUCCACAGGAAAGAGCAAAUCUCAGUGAGCAGUAGUAUGGUUGACAAGGGUAGGCAGGUGAUAAGCCACUUCAUGAUUCAUUCGUCUUCCUGCUCGAUCCUUCCCUCCUGACGGGAACUGCUGAAGGCAGCAAGAUGGAGAGCCCAUAAGGAAUGGUUCCAGCAGCUUCGCAAGGAUUCACACACCUCCAUGCUUCCUUGGCUGUUGCCCUCAUAUGCUUUUCCACAUGGGUUCCGCUUCAGCCGCGGCUUCCCAUUAGCUAGAAGCAAGAGGAACCGUCACCCACAAAGCACAGAAAAAUCAUAAUUAAGUUACCGCUCUUCCUUUCCAUAUAUAAAACGCAUACCUAUAUAUACUAUAUACACCCAUAUAUAUCUUUUCCACAGCCAUGAAAAGAAUGGGAAGCUCAGGCUCUUUGGGAGGCUUGCUCCCUGUCUGUCCAAAUUCAGAAGAGAAGGAUGGAGGAGGAGGAAGAGUUGGAAGCAGCUAUGGCAGGAAUUUCCAGACUUUGAUGGAUGGUUUUGCAGACGAGGAAGACUGUGGUGAAGAAGGAGGUCAUAUUGCAGAGAAGAAGAGGCGCCUGACGGUGGAUCAGGUGAAGGCGUUGGAGAGGAGCUUUGAGCAGGACAACAAGCUCGAGCCCGAGAGGAAAGUUAAGCUUGCUAAGGAGCUGGCGCUGCAGCCCAGACAGGUCGCCGUGUGGUUCCAGAACAGGAGAGCCCGGUGGAAGACGAAGCAAUUGGAGAGGGACUACAGCACGCUCAAGGCAAACUACGAGGCUCUUGUGAAUAGCUACGAAUCGCUUCAGAAGGAAAAAGAGACGCUCGUCCAGGAGGUGAGAGAGCUGAAGGAGAAGCUAGAAGAGUCGGGCGUUGAGGCAAGGCACUCGGAGAUCCCCCGAGAAGAGAAUGAAAUGGCAGGAAAAGGCGAGACUAGAGCAACAGAACAGAGCAAAGACGUUCUUCUUGCGAAUGAAUCCUUCAAGCUACACGCCAUCACUGUUGAUAAUCGGAAGCCCACUGUCGCUGGUAGCCCUCAUCCUGAUUCCAUCUUCGGCGAUGUGAAGGAUAGCUCGGACAGCGACUCUAGCGCGAUCCUGAACGACGAGAACAGCCCUGAAGGAAUGCACAUUGAAGCAGCAGACGCAGCAGCGGAGUUCUUCCCGCAGCCACUCCUCAACCCGCCAUUCGAGAUCAACUUCUCGCUGUCCGCUUCGCCACCUCUAUCAUCUUCAUCACCAUCAUCAUCGUCUCUUUCUUCUCACAGAUCCUUCCACCAGUUCCUAAGGAUCGACGACCACAACUUCCUCAACUCCGAAGAGUCGUGCCACUUGUUCCCCGAGGAGCAGCCCGCGUCUCUGCCCUGGUACUUGUCCGACCAAUGGACGUAAGAGGAAGAGGGAGAGACGGAAAGAGACUAGAAAAACAAGCGGAGGGUAGAAUCAAGGAGCAAAAGAGAGAGGCUCUGUAAAGUUGCAUCAUUGUAACUAUCUUGUUUUGUCAAUGGCUGUACAAAAUUUUCCUAGUGAGAAAACGGAAGAAGUGAUGCAAGGGAAGGAAUGUGAAUAAACAAAUGCGGACCGGGAAAUAAAAAAGUCGGACAGCUUCUGAAGUC